UUCACCAAAAUGACAUACACAAAGGGAAAGAGGAGAGGCACCCGAUACAUGUUCUCUAGGCCUUUUAGAAAACAUGGAGUUGUUCCUUUGGCCACAUAUAUGCAAAUCUACAAAAAAGGUGAUAUUGUAGACAUCAAGGGAAUGGGUACUGGUCAAAAAGGCAUGCCAUACAAAUGUUACCAUGGCAAAACUGGAAGAGUCUACAAUGUCACCCAGCAUGCUGUUGGCAUUGUCGUAAACAAACAAGUUAAGGGCAAGAUCCUUGUGAAGAGGACUGAUGUUCAUAUUGAGCAUAUUAAGCACUCUAAGAGACGAGAUAGCUUCCUGAAACAUGUGAAGGAAAAUGAUCAGAAAAAGAAGGAAGAAGCCAAAGAGAAAGUUACCUGGGUUCAACUGAACCACCAGCUUGCUCCACCCAGAGAAGCCCACUUUGUGAGAACUAAUGGAAAGGAGCCUGAGCUCCUGGAACCCAUUCCCUAUGAAUUCAUGGCAUAAUAAGCAUAUAACAUAGCACACAGGUGUACCAGUGGACCCAUGUUUUUAGGUGCAAGAACCUAUUCAUUCCUCAUGAGUUCAUGGCAUAAUAGGUGUACAGCAUAGCACACAGGAUAACCAAUAGUCCCCAUGUAACAGUGAUACAAGGUGCUGGAACCUAUUUCCCAUGAAUUCAAAAGUCACUCAACACUUUGUCACAUUCAAUGGCAAGGUGCCUCCCUGAGCUACUGGAACCUCUUCCCUAUGAAUUCAUGGCAUGGUAGAUACAAAUAAUAAUGUAAAAAUGUUUCUUGUUCAUUCACUACAAGUGUGAUUUUUUUUCCCCCAAAGAAGUAUUAAAGCAAAUUUUAAUGU